AUGCACUACGAAAGUGUAGCGAGCAGCAGCAGCAAGCAGCAAUCAGUCGCAGCAGCAGCUCAGCACGCUGCUUGCCAGCAGCUUCCAGCAAGCUCAGCAGCAGCAGCUUCAGCAGCGCAGAAGCUUCAGCAAGCAGUCAGCCUCAGCAGCAGCAGCUUCGGCCAGCACAGUAAGCUUCACGCAGCUAGCGCAGCAGCAGUGGACAGCGCAGCAGCUGCUGGUGUCAGCAGCAAUAGAUCAGCAGCAGCUGGCAGCAGCCGCAGUCAAGCAGCGCAGCAGCUCAGCAGGAGCUGCUGGCAGUCAAGCUCAGAGGCAGCUGCUGAGCAGGCAGCUUCAGCGGAGCAGCGCCAGCGCGUGGUCAGCAGCAGCAGGCUGCGAGUAUGCGCUGAGACAGCAGCUCAACAGCAGCAGCAGCGGCAGCGCACUGGCGCAGCAGUGCGCAGCAGUCCUGCCUGCAGGGCAAGCAGCAAGAAAAGAAAGGAAAGAAAGGAUAAGAAAAGAAGAAGCGCCCAAGAAGAAAGAUAUGAGAUAGAGUGA